GGGCGGGUUCUCGACCACCAGCGAAAACGUCAGAAGGUCGCUGCUCUGAAUCAAUCAAUGUCGCAACCCCUUCUGGAGUCCGGAGUUACCACUCUUGCCUCACCUUUUCCACCUGUGUAUACACGGACGUUGAAAAAAAGUAUUUGUUAAAUGAACGAGUUAUUGUCUUAGCCGCCUGCACUAAACUGUGAACCGCUUGAGAACGGCCACCCAGCUGACUUGGUCUUCUAUUACCAGGACCCUAGUGAAUACCUGGUUGCUGUGCUCGAGAAUUGUGAGAUCAAACAUGAAAUUAAACUAAAUAGUUAUUUGUUGAGGGCCUCUAAGCGCCAAGCACUGGGUAGAAGCCACAGGCUUGUUGGUAUCAAUUCAAUAAGCUUUUAUGGAAUGUAUGCUGAGUGCCUGGGGAGGCUGGGCGCCGAGAAGGCAUACAAAAAAGAUACCUCCGUUUUCAAAGUAUCCCAGCUCCCAACCAACAUGUUUCAAUACGAUCUGUGUUCUAACUCGUCAUUUUAGAGACAAGGAAACCGAGACCCGGAAAAGAAACGUUUCUUAAGAUACACAGACACUCAGGCAGUUCAGACACUUCAGACCACCUGGCUAUUGAAGACCCGCUUAAGGAGAUCCGGAUAUGUAAUUUGCAGGUGGGCCAAUGGUGGCCUGAGGAGAGAGGAUUGGCUGCUUUGGUGGCAGAGCCGGGGGAGUGCCUGCUUUGCAAUCGUCUGCAUCCCAGAGUUUGCCUGGACCAAGGGUGGAGCCUGUGUCCCAAGAUCCAGAUGUGGGCCAGCAGGACGACAGAGCCAGCAAGGAGUCACCUAGAUCCUGCCUGAGAGAACCAGCUGCAUGGGACCCAGGAUAUCCACUAAGAACUGUCCAGGAAGAAUCUUUCUUGUGCAGAGGUGCUGCCCAGAGCUACAAUGGAAGGGGACACAGUGGAGGCACCGGGGCUGGGCAGGUCCGCUGCCUCCAAGGAUUUCCACUUUUAUCACAUGGGUCUGUGUGACUCUGAAGACAGGCUGCAGAUCUUCCCAGAAGACACUCAGAUGAGAAGAGAAGUAGUCCAAGCUGAAAUGACCAGUGAGCCAAGAGGGGCCAUGAAAGGGAAGGCUCAGGGCGACCUUGGAGAGGAAGUGGAUGAACUUGUGCGUCUGUAUGGACUCGAAGAUGAUCAUGAAUUAGGGGAUGAGCAUAUUGACGAAAGCAUGCCCAGAAUAGAGGUUUCAGAAUAUCCUCCUUAUAUGAUGACGGGGGGAGAACCAUUGAGGGAGCAGAGAGACUGGAGACUUAGUGGUGAGGCCACUAGAGCUGAGGACCUGGACUUCGGGGGGUGGGGCUCGGCAGGCCAGUGCCAGGACUUGCGGGAAGCUUAUAGGUACACCCAUGGCCGUGCCAGUGAAGAGUAUGAGUGCUAUGUCAUCCCGGAGGAGGAGGACGAGGAAGAAGCUGCCGACGUCUUCUGUGUCACUUGCAAAACUCCAGUAAGAGCACUGGAGAAGGUUCUUGAUGAACACAAGGAACAUGAGGUGACCCCACUCAGUAAAGCACUGGAAAGUGCCAAGGAUGAAAUUCACAAAAACAUGUACAAAUUGGAAAAGCAGAUUAUUGAGAUGGAAAAUUUUGCGAGUCACUUGGAGGAGGUUUUCAUCACUGUGGAGGAGAAUUUUGGAAGACAAGAACAAAACUUUGAGUCACAUUACAAUGAGAUCUUGGAAACGCUCGCUCAAAAAUACGAAGAAAAAAUACAAGCUCUAGGGGAGAAAAAGAAACAGAAGCUGGAAGCCUUGUAUGGACAGCUGGUCAGCUGUGGAGAAAAUCUUGAUACCUGCAAAGAACUGAUGGAAACAAUAGAGGAGAUGUGUCAUGAAGAGAAGGUUGAUUUCAUAAAGGAUGCUGUGGCUAUGGCUGACAGACUCGGAAAAUUCCUGAGGACAAAAACGGACGUGGAAAUCUCGGCACAGCCUGACUUUGAAGACCAGACCUUGGACUUCUCUGAUGUGGAGGAGCUGAUGGGCUCCAUUAACACCAUCCCAGCUCCUUCUGCUCCAGUGAUAAACCCACAGGCCCCCAACUCAGCCACGGGUUCCUCAGUCCGAGUGUGCUGGAGCUUAUUCUCUGAUGACACCGUGGAGAGCUAUCAGCUGUCCUACCGGCCAGUGCAGGACAGCUCGCCUGGGAAGGACCGAGCAGAGUUUACAAUGACCAUCAAAGAAACAUAUUGCUCAGUGACAAACCUUGUGCCAAAUACCCAGUAUGAAUUUUGGGUCACAGCUCAGAACAGGGCUGGCUUCAGCCCCGCCAGUGAGCGUGCAGUGUACAUGACAGCGCCUUGUCCCCCCAUUAUAAAAAGCAAAGAGAUAAGGAGCUGUGAAGAAGCUGCGCUGAUCUGCUGGGAGUCUGGGAACCUGAAUCCUGUGGACUCGUACACGGUGGAGCUGACCCAGGCAGAAACUCCGGGAGCCUCAGGCGUAACUGAGUCUGUCGUGGGCGUCCCGACCUGCGAGUGCCUGGUGCAGCUGCAGCCCCGGCAGAGCUACGCCAUCUACGUGCGGGCCCUCAACGUGGGGGGCCCCAGCGCAAGGAGCGAGCCUGCUACAGUCCACACCUCAGGCAGCUACUUUCACCUGAACGAGCACACCUGCCACCCCUGGCUGACUGUUUCUGAAGAUGGGCUUACAGUAGUACGAAGUGAGAGGAAAGCCCUCGCCAAGGGCCUACUCCCCAGUGACACCAGGUUUACCAGGUGUGUUGCUGUCAUGGGAAACCUAAUUCCAGUCCAAGGGCGCCAUUACUGGGAGGUGGAGGUGGACGAGUGUUUGGACUACACAGUGGGUGUGGCCUCUGAAGAUGUCCCUAAACAGGAGGACCUGGGAGCAAACCGCCUCUCCUGGUGCAUGAGGCACACAUUUGCAUCAUCAAGGACUCAUUUCCUGCUCCUUUCCUUAAAGUCCAGAUGGAAAGAAAAAGCAGCUCUGGGUACUUUUUAUAAAACAGAUAAAUUCAUGGAGACCUUAUUCUGUGCUAAGCACUGUUCUACACUCUUACACAUACUAUCUCGUUUACUUCUUACAACUGUAUUAUUCCAUUUUAAAGAUAAGAAAGCUACACCUCACAGCAGUUCAAUAGUCCACCCAACAUGGAUUUGGGGCUUGGAUUCAAACCUAGGCAGUCUGGCUCCAAAGACAGCAUUCUUCACUACUAAGUGACUGGCUUUGCAUUUAUGUUCAGCUUCAGUGUUACUAAAUGAAUAGUUUGAUUUGAAGCCCUAAUUCCAACUUUUUUAGGUGUGGGCAGAGGCUUAAUGGCUAUGGUUAAUUCUGGUUUGCUUCUGCUGCUAAGCAUUCUGUCCUCUAAUGGAGUAGUUCCAUAAAGCCAGGAAAAUCCAUGAGGCCCAGGCCUGUAGACAUUUCAGACUUAGAAGGCCAUGGGUGCAACCUCCCUCCACCUCAAAAAUUGCAAAAAUGUUUACCACACCACUUUCCCAGCACCCUAUGUACUAUGGGGCCUCUGACCCUUGACUUGCUGAAUCCUAUUAAUGUUUCAUCCAAUAUUCUGUGCCCGGGAGCCUCCAUCAUGGUUAGUUAAAUGUUGUCAUGCCCAAGAAAAGUGAGAAGACCAACUUUCCUCCUGUAAGAUAUUAAGACUAAAAUGGGCUCUGCUAAACCUCAGACCCAGUUUGGGGAAUGCAAGAAAUACUAUGCACUGAGCCACAUACUGGUUUUGGAUAUUCUGCCUGAAGUAAGACUGAAAAAUCAAUCUCCUCGCCUAGGCAGUUAAAAACAAGGGGCAGAGAAAAACUGAAGGAGCAUAAAGGAAGAGUAGCAGUCUGUGUGGAGUGGGAGGGGUGAAGUUAAAAGACAGAAAAGGAGUGGGAACACAAGACAGGGUGAAAAAGAAAGGGCGAAAAGCCGAACCGUGGUGGGAGGGAAGGUAGAGGGGCUGGCACACAGAGCUCUUCAAACGUCCGUACAGGGCAGAGUUGGGAAAUUCCUGUGGCUGGCUUUGGUUUCUGCCAUUUUCAAAGCACACAGGAGAAGCAAUCCCUAUUCAUGAAGAAAACCUCCCCAGCGUGAGAGGGUGCUGGUGCUACAGAAUACUGAGUGGUGACAGGCCCCCAGCUGGGAUGCCUUAGAGCACUUGUGCACAGAUUAUACCAAAAGGCCCAGUUUAUUACAUGAAAGAUCAUGAGGUUCCCUGUUUCAAAUGUCUAUUACAAGGGAUUUACAUAUCUGAACCUUGAAAUCCACAUUUUUAAAUGUAUUAUUUCUAUACAAAGUUUGAUGCAAUAUGAGUUUAUGAUACUGUAUGUCAGUUUCUUAGGUUAAGUGGCCACUCAAAAACAGAGUUUUGAAAUAUAAAUUUCUUAGGAUACGUUUUAGAAGAUGUAUAUAUGUAUAUAUAUAUAGUUUUAGAAAUGGCCUGUUACUUUGAUAGUCAUUUAAUAAAAGAAAAUAAUCAUAGAAGUAUUUGAAAAUUGAAAUGUUCUGUAAAUAGCCCAUCUGCAGAAUUUUUGAAGCUUU